GGCCGCCGUAUAGACUUGGCAACCGCGCUUCAAGCAUCCCCACUUCAUGCGACACACGCGGCUUUACGUUCACGUUUAUGUUAACCUCAGUAGCGCAACGCUAUUCACUGCGGUAAGGCGAGAUAUCCGCUCGAACUUUUUUAGUUUUUACGUACGCGACCUUUAUGUUUAUGUUCAUUAUGAAACUUUUAUUCCACUGACACCAAGGUUUUUUCGAUUUUUCAAGGUGCAGCACUCUUCUAAGGAUUAUUCGAUUUAGUGGUUCAGUUUUUUCGUGUUUGUGACAGUGCCGAAAAUGUCCGAAGUAGUAAUGCCAAGUGUGGUGGAAAUGUUAAGGGACAAGGAUGUAUCCCACGGGCAUGAGGUGGUGAAGAAAAUGCGCCUUUCCCAUCCCCACGACAUAGAGUAUCCCACUGCGAUCCAAAGGGCACCCACGGGGGGGCCCAACAGGGGCAGAGUCCUCUCUUCCUAUCCUUUGGCGGCCAACCCCACUCUUCCUACCCCUAUUGUAGCCGACAAGUACCAAAUAUUCGAACAAGUCGAGGGCAGUUCGCUCUAUAGGUGUGUCAACAUCCACAAUCAGGAGCAGCUGGUUUGCAAGAUCCUGCCAAAAAACAACCACAUGCUGGUGUCGGCUCACUAUAAGCUCGAUUCGACGCGGAUAAGUUCCUUGCAAGAAGUUGUCGUGGAAAAUAACUACUUGGUUUUAGUUUUCCCGAAACCACACGGCGAUUUGCACUCGUACGUGAGAUCGCGGAAAAAACUGAGGGAGUCUGAGGCGAAAAAAUUGUUCAGGCAAAUUGUCGAAACUGUGCAAGUUUGUCACAACAACGGCAUCGUCUUGAGGGAUUUGAAGCUCAGGAAGUUCGUCUUUGCUGACAAACAAAGGACGCAACUGAAAUUGGAGUCCCUGGAGGACGCUGUAGUUUUAGACAACAGCGAAAGCGACUGGUUGCACGACAAACGGGGAUGUCCGGCAUACGUCAGCCCGGAAAUCCUGAAAGCCGGACAAUACAGUGGCCGAGCGGCGGACAUGUGGUCCCUGGGCGUCAUUCUUUACACCAUGCUUGUUGGAAGGUACCCCUUCAGCGAUUCAGAGCACGCCUCGUUGUUCUUGAAGAUCUCCAAGGGGAACUUUGCUAUUCCCGAGUGCGUCUCUCCCAGGGCGAGGUGUCUGAUAAACUCCCUGUUAAGGAGGGACCCCACGGAACGGCUCACCUCCGAAGACAUUCUCUUCCACCCGUGGCUGGCGAGGUCGGAGUGCGACUGGAGCAGCCGGCAACCCUGCGAUCAGGUGGUGCCGCAAGGUUGGUCCAUGUACGACUAGAUUUUCCGCGUGCAAUGUCAGAAGCAAAACCUGUGCUGUGUUCUUAGGUUUUAAGGACUUUUUAUUACUUGAAAGAAGAGAUGUGAAGGGCCAUAGUUUGUUAUGUGGUUGUUGUUUUUAUGGAUAGUGUGGUUUGUCGCGCGCGAAAAAUGCUUUGAAUAUAGUGCAAUAAUCUACAGGGCGUUUGAAGUAUUUUUCCUCGAGCCUGAGGUUUUUAAAUUCGAUUCUCUUUCACUAUUUAUUAAUUCCGUUCUUCUCGCUGAGAAUUUAAAAGCUUCAGCUGCGCGAUGGACCGUGAAAAACAUUUAGGUAUUUAUUAAUAAAGUUUGUUACUCCCACCAUCUGUCGCGAUUUUUAUUAGGACUGAUUUGUUUUAUUUUAUUUUUCGAAAGGCAUCAUGGUAUUGAAUAAAAGUGAUCGUAUUGAAGACUGAUUAGCUAAAAAUUCCUACAUUUUUGCAAAAAAUCAACUUUUUAAUUUUGAUAUAUAACUAAAAUAACUAAAACAAAUUAAACUAAACUAGCUUAAUACUAUGGUGCACUCAUUUAGCUUUUUUUAAUUUUUAUUAAGAAUUUGUGAUCUCGGAAGUUUUUGGGGAAAAAUCUUCCUUCCCGAUAUUUUAUUAUAUUGUAAUUACAUAAUGAACUGAAUAUCUU